AUGGAACCACCCUCCAAUUUCGCUUCUCAAGCUCUAAAUUCUAGUGCCAUUCCCUCUCAACCUCAACCCAAUCCCAAAAUUGGCAUUAAUGCCAUUACCUUGAGAUCCGAAACUCAAUUGAAAGAGAGGAAGAUAAAGGACCCAAGUCCGAUCAUAAUCACUCAAGAGGAGGAGGGAAUCAAGAUAGAAGAAAUAGAAGAGGAGGAGGAAGCACGAGUCAUAGUUGAGGAUGAAGAGACUCAACCAACAAGUGAGGCCCCCAAGAAUAAGGGAGUCGUGGAAGAAGAAAUUGCUCAACCAAUCCCAUUUCAUACACUUGCAAAGAAAGCUAGGAAGCGUAUGCAACUUGACCCCAAAAUGGUGGAGAUGUUCAAGAAAGUUGAGGAUUUAUGCAUGAACAAGGAUAGAAUUCUUGAGUUAGAAACUAUUCCAUUGGGGAGUUCUAUUUCCGCCUUAAUGGGAGCAUUACCCGAGAAGUAUGAUGAUCCGGGCCCGUGCAUGGUCACUUGCACCGUAGAUGGGGUUCAAUUUCUAGAUUGUAUGUGUGAUCUCGGUGCAUGCGUUAGCAUCAUGCCGCUUUCCGUCUACCGUAUAUUGAGGCUACCACCAUUGAAGAGGUCGAUGGCAAGAUUUGUUUUAGCAGACAAGAGCAUAAUAACCAUGAUGGGUGUUGCAGAAGAUGUAUUGGUGAAUAUAAAAGGGUUGGUGUUUCCAAUUGAUUUUUACGUUCUUGAGAUGCAAUCGAGCGAGUCCGAGAGGGCAUCAUCUAUCCUACUUGGGAGACCAUUUUUGAGGACCUCUAGGUUCAAGUUAGAUGCCUACUCGGGAACCUACUCAUUUGAAAUAGAUGGGAGAGUCGUGAGUUUUAGCCUAGAAGAAGCAAUAAAACACCCACCGGAGAAUCAUUCUCUAUUCCGGUGUGACCCAAUUGACAACAUUUUGGCCGAAGUGCAUCUUGCGAAGUUAGAUGAGAAGCAUAUGAUUGAACACACAAGUCAAAAUCCAAGUGAAGCGAACGCAUUACCCCAUCCGGAUCAUCCGGAAGUUCAAACCUCAAAUCAAGACCAAAAGGUAGAAUUAAAGCCACUACCAACCCACUUAAAGUACUCAUAUCUUGAUGAAGCCCACAAGUUCUCCGUGAUUAUUGCAAGGGAACUAAAUCCUCAAUAA